AUGGCGGCGCUGGCGACCGAUGACGCCCAUUUGGCCGCCCUGGGUGUCAAGCAGGAAUUGCGGCGAAACUUCUCGCCGCUGUCCAUGCUCGGACUGGCAUUCGCCAUUCUGAACUCCUGGACAGCCUUGUCGACAUCGCUAUCACUUGCAUUGCCUUCGGGCGGACCGACAGCGGUUAUCUGGGGCCUCAUCACGGCGGGAUUCUUCAACCUUUGUCUGUCCUCCUCGCUCGCCGAAUUCCUCAGUGCCUAUCCCACCGCGGGAGGCCAGUACCACUGGGUACACAUUAUCGCGUGGCCUAAGCAGAAGCGCAUAUUAUCGUGGAUCACAGGAUGGAUCAACGUUUUCGGCUGGAUGGCGCUAGUCGCCACAGGAGGUCUCCUUGGAUCCCAGAUCAUCAUUGGCAUCAUUGCGAUGUAUGACCCUUCUUACCACGCGGAAAGGUGGCAUCAAUUCCUGAUCUACAUUGGUUACAACAUUGCUGCUGCCCUCAUCAAUGCUUUCGGGAACUCCUUGCUACCGCUUCUCAACAAGACCGCCAUCCUCUGGUCCAUCUCGGGCUUCGUAGUCAUAUGCAUAACCAUUUUGGCGUGCGCAUCGCCGAACUACAACUCAGGAGAUACAGUCUACCGCGAGUUCAUCAACGAGACGGGCUGGCCAGAUGGUCUUGCUUGGCUGCUCGGUCUUCUUCAGGGCGCUCUGGGACUGACUGGAUUCGACGCGACUGCUCAUAUGGUUGAAGAGAUUCCCAAUGCUGCAGUCGAGGCGCCCAAGAUCAUGAUCUACGCUGUAGCGAUCGGGACCUUCACCGGGUUCGUCUUCUUGUCCUGCUUGCUAUUUGUGGCAGGCGAUUUGCAGCAGGUCAUCUCUUCCUCAGCCGGACCGCUCAACCAAAUCAUUCUCAAUGCAACAGGCAGCUUGGCAGGGACAGUCUGCCUGCUUAUGUUUCCUUUGAUCUGCUUGCUUUUCGCAACGACUUCGAUCAUGACAACAUCGUCUCGAAUGACAUACGCCUUCGCCAGAGAUGGAGGUCUGCCGUUCUCACGCUUCUUCGCCCGGGUCCACAAAAAGCUGGAUGUGCCGUUGGAAGCUCUGGCACUCACCAACUUGGUUGUCCUGAUUUUUGGCUGCAUCUUCUUGGGGUCCAGCAGUGCGUUUAAUGCCAUUACCAGUGCAUCAGUCGUCGCUCUUGGACUGUCAUACGGCAUUCCAGUGGCAAUCAACCUCCUCCGUGGCCGACGCAUGCUACCAGCAAACCGACCUUUCCGCCUUCCAGAACCCUUCGCCUGGUUCGCCAACAUCGCUGGAGUCGCCUUCACGAUCCUCACGACAGUCUUAUUCGUUUUCCCACCGGAAUUGCCGGUGACAGGAAACAACAUGAACUACUGCAUUGCAGCUUUCGCGAUUGUUUUCAUCAUAAGCAUGCUCACCUGGAUCUUCGAUGGCCGGAAAAACUAUACUGGACCGAAAAUCUAUAUGGACGAGAACGUCCUUGUGGCUACACGAAGUCUAGAAGCGCUCAAGCUGCCAGAGAUGGAGGAGCCAGGCUCUCAAAAAGAUGGCAAAGGUGACUUAGACAACAAGCCUGUCGUAUAG